AUGGCGGCGGCCGGGAGCGGGGAGGAGGCGGCGGCGGCGGCCGAAGCGGAGAAGGAGAAGGAGCCGGCGGCAGCGGGUUCUGUUAAGGCCGCGGGCGAUGCGGGCGGCGAGAGCGAGGAGGAGGAGGACGUGUUCGAAGUGGAGAAGAUCCUGGAUGUGAAAACGGAGGGGGGUAAAAUUCUGUACAAAGUGCGGUGGAAGGGAUAUACCUCGGAUGAUGAUACCUGGGAACCAGAGGUUCAUCUGGAAGACUGUAAAGAAGUGCUGCUUGAAUUCAGAAAAAAAAUUGUGGAUAAUAAGCCUAAACCCGUUAAGAAGGACAUACAGAAGCUGUCUUUAAAUGACGACUUAUUUGAGGCAGAAUCUGACAGUGACCUUCAAAGUGAAGCAAAAGAAGACACGUCACCAAAGAAGAAGAAGAAAAAAUCAAAAGAUGGCGAGGAUAGAAGCCCAGAUGAUCUGAAAAAGAAAAAAUCAAAGUCUGCAAAAUUCAAAGAGAAACCCAGACUGGAACGUGAAAACUCCUCAGAUAGUUUGAUUUUAGAUUCAAAACCAAAGAAAAGAACUUCAGAAACCAAGGAAGAUUCAAAAGAUCCUAAGAAGCAGAAGAAAGAAGAUUCUAAAGAAAUCAAGAAAAAGAAGGGAGAAAUUAAAGAUUUAAAGACCAAAUGUAAAGAGGAUUCUAAAGAAAAUAAAAAAUUGCGAAAGGAAAAACAUGGUGACCUUCAGUUUGACUCCGAGUCAAGCACCCUAGAUGAUUCGUUUUCUCAAGUAGCUGAUAAUGAAAAUUCAGACUUGUGUUCUGAGGGUAGAGAGGAGAAACAAAAGAUAAAAAGUGGAAAAGAGAAAUCUGAACAGGAAAUUGUUAUGAAGGAUUCCAUUGCUGACAGGCAGCCAGAUGGGUCAGCAAGUACUGAAGAGGACAGCAUUGAGCUUAAGGUUAAAAGAAAAAAGAAGAAACUUAAAAAGGCUGAAGAUUACAAAGAGGAAAGUAGAAAAGUGGAAACAAAGGACACCUAUUUGGAGAAGAAAAAUAUGCACAAAAAACAAAAAGCUCAAGAAAAGGCAAAAGCAGAGUUAGACAAAGUUUCACCUACACCUGCUCUAGUGCAAAAAAGUUUGAAAUUGUGCACUGAUGAAAAAGGACGCAAGUCGACUGAUUCAGUUGGGGAGUACCAGGAAAAGGAAGUAAAGAAAAAUGAAAUAAAAGAAAAACCUCAGAAACGAUAUGACUCUGAAAAGGAAGAAAAAGGCAGAAAAGAACAGAAGGGAUUAAAAAGUUUGAAGGAGAACAAAAGUGCUUUUGAUUUGUUUAAUAUAUCUUCAGAAGAAAAAAAUGAAUACUCUGAGAAUAAUCGAAAAAGAGAGGACUCUUCAGUGGACUAUAAAUUCAUAGAAGAAUUCAAAUCAAAAGAAAAUAAACAAUUAUACAAGGAAAGGAGAAGCACAAGAGAUGAGACAGAUACCUGGACUUACAUUGCUGCAGAAGGUGAUCGGGAAGUGGACAAUGUAUGUCAAAUGGAGGAGAAUUCUGAUGGCAGGCAGCAAGUCUUGAGUUUGGGCAUGGACAUGCAGUUAGAAUGGCUGACCCUGGAAGACUUUCAGAAGCAUUUGGAUGGAGAAGAUGAGACUCACUCUUCAACAGAACCAAUAUCGAGUACUCUACUGAGGGAUGCUGUUAAAAAUGGAGACUAUGUUACAGUAAAGAUGGCGCUUAAUUCAAAUGAAGAAUAUAAUCUGGAUCAAGAGGAUUCAAGUGGAAUGACGCUAGUGAUGCUUGCUGCUGCGGGAGGGCAUGAUGACCUCCUCCGGCUCCUUAUCAGAAAAGGAGCUAAAGUCAACUGUAGACAGAAAAAUGGAACAACUGCAUUGAUACAUGCAGCUGAAAAGAACUUUCUAACUACAGUGGCUAUUCUUUUGGAAGCUGGGGCUUAUCUUAAUGUCCAGCAGAGCAAUGGUGAAACUGCUUUAAUGAAGGCGUGUAAGAGAGGGAACUCUGACAUAGUACGUCUUAUGAUUGAAAGUGGAGCAGAUUGUAACAUUUUGUCAAAGCAUCAGAACAGCGCACUUCAUUUUGCUAAACAGUGUAAUAACGUACUGGUGUAUGACCUGCUCAAGAGUCAUUUGGAAACGCUCUCAAGAGUAGCAGAAGAUGCAAUUAGGGAUUAUUUUGAAGCUCGUCUUGCCUUGCUGGAGCCUGUCUUUCCGAUUGCAUGUCAUCGUCUCUGUGAAGGACCAGAUUUUUCUAUGGAUUUCAACUAUAAACCCCCACAGAAUGUGCCAGAAGGAUCUGGAAUUCUUCUGUUUGUUUUCCAUUCAAACUUCUUUGGUAAAGAAGUUAUUGCUCGGCUCUGUGGACCAUGCAGUGUGCAAGCAGUGGUUUUAAAUGAUAAAUUCCAGCUUCCUGUAUUUUUGGAUAGUCACUUUAUUUAUUCCUUCAGUCCUGUUACAGGCCUUAACAAGCUUUUUAUACGGUUGACAGAAGCGCCUACUGCCAAGGUAAAGUUGCUAAUAGGGGCAUACAGAGUGCAGUUGCAGUGA